AUGUCGGGCAAGUCGGCACUGAAAGCUGUUAGGGCAGCUCUCGACUCGAAAGACUUCGAGCUCGCAGCUGAGAAGGCUGGAUCGCUGGUGCAGCAAGAGCCCCAGAAUUAUCAUGCAAAUGUCUUCUUAGGUCUUGCAUUGGACAAAUUGAACAAACAUGGCGACGCCGAAAAGGCUUACCUCGCAGCAGCCCGUGUGAAAGAAAGCGACAGGACAGCAUGGCAAGGACUGAUCAGCCUAUAUGAGAAACAAGGAGGCCAAAAAAUAGAGGAAUAUCGCGAAGCCGUCAUAAAACUUGGUCUGAUAUUUGCCGAGGGCGAUGACAAACAUCGUUGCCAGGAUGUGCUGGAUAAAUUCGUUAACUUUACCCGGAAACAAGGAAAUCGAUCUCAACUCAAGAAAGCUCUCGAAUUACAGUUGCCAACAAGCCCGCUGUACGAUUUUCUCGAGGGACGAGUGCCGCAUCCAGCACAAACAUACCUUCGCCUGAUUGAAAUCACUGAAUCGGAGGAGAAAGAGUUCAUCAAUAGAGAGAUUGGAGAGCGCCGAACACGUUUGGGUGCGAAAAUUGAACUGGUGACAUUGGAGGUCAAAAGGGAGGCUUUUAGGCGAAGCGAACUCGAGCAACUCUAUCGUGGAAUUGUGGAUUGGUCUCAUGAUGAUGAAGUACGACGUACAUACGAAGAAAAGCUUCUGCAGCGGGGUUAUGACCUUCUUCUUGUUCUCCCAUCGAAGGAAAAGAAUGGAAAGAGAAAAGAGGUUUUGAAGGCCGCUCGUGAAAUGGUCAUUAUCAAGCAUCCUUUUGAGCUCGCUUGGAAAAUUGUUCUCGAGUGGCAAGACAUCCAAAGCUUUUCGGAAUGGGAUCGUGGGUUGCUUGAGGACUUCAUUGAGUUCUUUCCAGAAGAUGGGCUCUCAAAGGUGCUAAAGGGUUUCCUGGCCAGUGAACUUUCCCCAUUCCCCCCGAAGCCUCCAUCAGAUGAACAGGAGUCCGACAACAGAAAGGACUCGGAAACUACAAAUGGCGAAAACGGUGAAUUUGCCGCCCAGGAUCGUUUGAUACUUAUGGUAGAAGGACUCGAAGCAUCUUCCUCUUCAAUCAUCGCACACCGGAUCAUGGGUGAGCUCUAUCUGUCUCUCGAGGAGUAUGAUAGCGUGGUGGACGUCGCUCGCAAGGGAAUUCGAAACAUCCAAGACUUGAUCAAGACGACUGCGAUUGAUCUUCGCAAUACUACCGACUGCGUGAACAUAAUGCUCGGCAAUGCUCUGAUAUACUACCAAUCUCCUCGAAACCACCCCGAAGCUAAGGGAAUAUUCGAGAACAUCUUACAGCGAAAGCCAACAUCAACAAGCUGUUUGCUUGGUAUUGGCCUCAUCCUUAAGGUUGACGAGGAUUACACAGAGGCCGUGAACUUCCUUGAGCGUGCUUUGGAGCGAGACCCUACCAACAUCAAGGUGCAAGGCGAAUUAUCUUGGUGCAGAGCUCUUGACGGAGAUAUGGAGUCUGGUUUCCACGGACUUCAAGAAGUUCUCUCAGAAAUACAAAGAACUCGUUUAGACAAUCGGGAUUUCAAGUCGGAAAUUCUGUAUCGGAUAGGGUACUGUCAGUGGGAAUUGGAUCCAUCGUACUCCGCACGCAAAGACCGCAAUGGUGCCUAUGCCAGCUUCCUCGCUUCUAUCCAAUCCAACAUGAAUUUUGCUCCUGCCUACACGAGUCUGGGAUUCUACUAUGCUGAUUACAAGAAGGAUAAAACACGAGCACGCAGAUGUUUCCACAAAGCGUUUGAGUUAUCCUCAUCUGAAAUUGAGGCAGCUGAGCGCUUAUCCCGUGCAUUUGCAGACCAGAAGGAAUGGGACUUGGUUGAAGCCGUAGCCCAGCGAGUUGUUGACUCAGGCAAGGCCAAGCCGGCCCCAGGCUCGAAGCGCAAAGGGUACAGUUGGCCGUAUGCCGCCUUAGGUACGGUGCAGAUAAACAAACAACAGUAUACCAAGAGUAUUGUCUCUUUCCAAGCAGCUUUGAGAAUUUCACCUGGUCAUUACCAUUCAUGGGUUGGCCUGGGAGAGAGUUAUCAUCAUUCCGGCCGAUUCAUUGCUGCCACAAAGGCAUUUGAUCAGGCCCAGCAAUUAGAACCAAACCUUCCCAGCUCUGAUAAAGAGCAGAUUUGGUUCGCACGGUAUAUGAUGGCAAAUGUGCAGCGCGAGCUUGCCGAGUAUGAAGACGCCAUUACGAGAUACGAGGAUGUCCUGAGUUUCCGACCCGAUGAAAUAGGCGUGAAAAUUGCUCUGCUCCAAACUCUUACUGAGAGUUCUUGGCGAAGUCUUGAAUCGGGACUGUACAAUGACAGUGCCGAGCUUGCACGCAAGGCUGUAUCUGUGGCCACUUCUUUGGCCAGACAGAGAGUCGACAUUUUCAACCUCUGGAAGGCUGUCGGAGAUGCCUGUGCCAACUUUUCUUAUAUUAAGAUGAAGGCAGACAAAUUGCCGGUCAAAGAUGUCAAGAGACUUCUUACUACUGAACUUGACACAGCAGCUUUCGACAUUCUGGCAGAUGUAGAUGAAGUGGGGCAGAACUACGUAGCACUGCUGGAGGGUGAAGGCAACGGGGACUUCAAACCGUCCGAUGUCUGCAUCUACUCGUCGAUACUCGCAUACAAGCGCGCUAUAUACGUUUCUCUACAGGACAUUCAUGCCCAGGCAGUCGCCUGGUAUAACCUUGGCUGGGCAGAGUAUGGAGCGUACAGGAAUGUACAAUUUGGCUCAAGCAAAAAGGGUAAGAAGCACCCGCGAAAGUUUUUGAAGGCAUCAAUGAGAUGCUUCAAGAGAGCAAUUGAAUUGGAAUCCGGAAACUCUGAAUUCUGGAACUCGCUUGGUGUGGUGACUACAAAUAUGAGCCCUAAGGUUGCACAGCACGCAUUCGUUCGAAGUCUUCAUUUGAAUGAUAGAAGCGCGCAAGUCUGGGCUAACCUCGGUGCACUCUACCUCAUCCACAAUGACAUCCAGCUCGCGAAUGAAGCUUUCACCCGCGCGCAGUCAACCGACCCAGACUAUUCGCAGGCUUGGAUUGGCCAAGGCUUCCUGGCCCUUCUGUUUGGCGAUCCAAAGGAAGCAAGAGGUCUUUUCGAACACGCCUUCGAAAUUGCCAGUUCUUCAUCGGCCCUACCGAAGCGCCAAUAUACGUUGACCUUGUUCGAUCACCUCAUAUCUGAAGAGUCGGCUUCAAACGAAAUAUCCGAGCUCAUCCAACCUUUCUUUGCACUACAUCAGCUUUACCGCCAAGACCCAUCUGAUUUGCCGUUCGUGCACCUAUCUUCCCUCUUGGCGGAAAGAAUAGGAGAGUUUUCAGAUGCCGAGUCCAUGUUGAAGGUUGUUUGUUCCAGUGUGGAAGAAGAGUACGAGGUGACCGAGUCGGCAUCGUCUCUUUCGAGAUUUGCACAGGCAAACGCGGACAUGGCUCGCGUUCUCCUUGCACGCCACGAGUUUGAAGAGGCCGCAGAAAAGGCGGAAACCGCACUUACACUGUCGAGUGAGGAAGAUGCUGAACAAUUCGAUCCGGAAGCUAACACCAAGCUACGGUUGUCGGCUCACCUAACUGCCGGCCUUGCACAUUACUACAUGAAGUCGAUGGACUCGGCUAUCGACAUGUUCCGUGAUGCUCUUCAAGAGGCGGGCAAUGCACCGGAAGUGGUAUGUCUUUUGGCGCAGGUCCUGUGGGCCAAGGGUGGCGAAGAGGAGCGGGCCGUGGCCAGACAACAACUGUUCGACUGUGUUGAAAAUCACCCUGACCAUGUUGGGGCAGUCACCCUUCUGGGAGCUAUUGCGCUGCUAGAUGCCGACAGAGAUGUUAUCGAGGCCGUUGAAUCAGACCUCCAAGCCAUGAUCACGCGUGAUGACAUUGAGAUUCACGAGCGGAACAAGUUGAUCAGACUGCUGACUGCGUUGUCCGCUCUGGGUCUAACUGACAAUGCGGAUGUCCCGGAGGAGACGAGGCGUAUCGGCGAAGCCACCGCGGCUGUCAUGCGAUCGCCAGACCAGCCUCAGGGAUGGAUGGAGUUGUCGGCUGCUUCACAGGAGCUCUACCCAGCAGAAAUGGCCGUUAAGAGAGCAUUGCGCAACAUUCCGCCUCGGAGCAACCUGGAUGCCGUCGACCUCUCGGAGGCCUAUGCGCAGACAGGCAAGGCAAGCGAUGCCCUACGAUCGAUCAUGAUCGCACCAUGGAGACGGCAUGGAUGGGAAGAGUUGAACCAUGCCGUGUCUGGGCCGGCUUAG